AUGGUCCAGGGUUCGCCACUACCAAUGCCCAGUUGCGUGCUGGACUGCUUUCUGAAGGACUACUCACCGCUAAUGUGCAUCGAGGAACUGCCUGAUCCCUACGACCCCAUCACGGCAGGGGAUUCUCGGCUUUUCGGCAGCACACAGGCGGGCAAGAAGUUGGCGAUCAAGCUGUGCGUCGUCGAUCUGCUGCAGAGAGUCUACUACAACACUUUCCUUGGCCACAUCAAGCUGGUCGUGUUCCCCGAUCUCACGGACCGGCUCAAGAAGCUCACCAUCAAGGGCCACGAUGCUGGUUCUUCGGGACGUCACGGUGGCGGAGGCGGAGGCGGAGGCGGAGGCGGAGGCGGUGGCAAGGGCGGCGAGAAGACGGGCGGAUGGAGCGGCAAGGAGCAACACCCGAAGCGCCAGCAGACCACCAGGCUC